AUGUCAUCCCCGCCAGUCAAAAUAACUACAAAAAGUGUCCUCCCACCUCCACCACCACCGCAGUCCUGGACGCACCACUUGACCCUCGACACCCUCCUCAAAGUCCUCUACCGCACUCUAUUCAACCCUUUCCUUGCCUGGAUUCUUGUUCUCUGCCUACGCGCCCAGGUCACGCCACCUACACAUCCGGCCUGGAUUGUGAGCGUUGGCUAUGCUGUCUUUUUGUCCCUGCUUUUCAUAGCGGGGACGAUCAAUCACCGCGUCGCGCAUGGUCUCCCGAGGACGGUGGAUCCCGAGCGCGAAGUGGUUCUUGUCACCGGCGGUGCGAGUGGGUUGGGGCUUCUUAUUGCGCAGCUUUAUGCGAUGAGGGGUGUUCGUGUGGCGGUUCUGGAUAUUAGGGAGGUUGGGGAGAAAGAGGCCGAUGAGAUCUUUGGGGAGGACGUUGACGUUAGGUGUUAUGCGGUUAAUGUGGGGGAGAGGAAGGCUUUGGAGGCUGUCCGGGAGAAGAUCUUGAAUGAGUUUGGGACUCCGACUAUCAUUAUCAACUGUGCGGCAGCGAGGAUCAAUGGCCACUCGUUGCUGAAUCUAUCUGCAGACGCUUUUGUGAAUACAGUGCAGACAAAUCUUCUUGCGGCUUUCCAUUUGUACCAGGUGUUUAUGCCGGGUAUACUAGAGACAGAGAACGGUGGCACACUGGUGACGGUCAGCUCAGUGUUGGGCCAGCUAUCUCCGGCAGGAUUGUCAGAUUAUUCGGCCAGUAAGGCUGGGCUUAGCGCGCUGCAUCGAACAAUGGAGGCGGAGUUGCGUGGUCAUGAGCACAUCAAAACAAUGCUGGUGGAGACAGGCCAAAUUUCCACACCUUUAUUCAGCUGGAUCCGCACUCCGAGUCAUUUCUUUGCACCGGUGUUGGAGCCCGUGGAAGUGGCUCGAGAGAUUGUGACCGCAGUUGACAGUGGCCACGGUGGAGUCCUCAGAUUACCGGCGUUUGCGAAAUUGAUCAAUUGGUAUGCCGUGUUGCCAGGCGCGGUGCAGGUCGUAGCGCGAUACCUGAGUGGCAUUGACGAGGCGGUGUCUUCCGGUAAUCAAAGUCGUGACACGCCCAACGGUAGUGGGCGAGUGCUCAGAAGCUCGAAAAAACGGACCGACUGA